CCGUCUGUCGUCUGCUGACUGCAAUCACCUGAAGUUCCCAGCCCUUUCGAGUUGCCUCUAUCGUUCCCUUGUCAACUUUACAUCCACGUCUUCAGUGCUCGGUUCAGUUUUUGUGACACGAAAAAGGAAAUUUCCAGAGUUAAUUCGUCGAGCUAAUAAUCUGCGACUUUUCCGAAGGCAUUUGCAGGAAACAGCUCACGGCAAAAUGUCUACUUCUCCAUCAGAAAGUCGAGGCCGAGUGAAACUAGAUUUGGAAGAGUUCUUCACUGACUACCGUCGCCAGUCGUACAUUUUGAUUAAGAAUGCUUGGAGCACGGUGAAAGAUCUCAAGGACUACAUCGAGGAAACGUUCGAGUUGAAGGACGUCGUGAUUAUGACUUCGGACGAGGUGUUCCUGCCCCCGAACGAGGCACUGGAUAUUGUUGCGGACGAUGAACUCAAAGUUGUGACCACAUCUCACGUCCCAACAACAACACCGAAAGAAACGGAAGAAACUUCCAGCGGUCAAGCUGAUGACACUAUUAAGCUAAAGCCUAAACGCAAGCGAACGCAUAAGAGAAAACUGCCAAAUGCAGACAAAUCCGUUCAAGCAGUUGCAGCUAAAAUACCACCAAAAGUUCCAAAAACCGAUUCAGCAACCAACGUGACGCACGUUUAUUUCGAUGACGACUGUGAAGUUGUAAAAGCUGGUCCCUCGGAGGUGAAAUUCGUCAACUACAUUGAUACUUUAGAUGCUAAGAAGCCUCGAGUCAUCACGGCUAAUGUGAAGAAAGCUUGUGGUCCGAAAAUUGUCAGCUGCGGAAUCGACAGCAAAGAGGAUAAAGCUAAAGUUGAAAUUCCGACUGCGGUAGAGAUUGCUGCCGUUUAAAAUGUAGGCGAUUACUCUGACUAUAUUUAAUUAAGCGCGCAACAUUAAAUUGUGAACGUUUCAUCCUAUGUAUCCACUAUCUACGAUAAGUCAUGGUUACUUCGCUCGAAUAAUGUAUUCUACUUGUAUCUUUACUACGGUAUUUAAGACGAUUUAAUGUACACUUGAUAUGGCUCUUGCCUGCCGUUUUCAGACUAAUUUUAGUAGGAGAGGAAAGACCUGGUAUUCUAAACAAAUUUUCCAAAAAAAGCUUUUAUUUCUGUGAUUAUGCAAAUGUGAAGACUUGAUUUGGCUUGGCAAGGGUCAUUUGUGUCUAGUGUUGUAAGACUUGAAUAUGUAACUUAGCUGUACGAUCGCGAUAAUUUCUGGACUUUCAAAGUUUUUUCAUAUCUUUACGGCUGAAUAAAUUCUGAUGCUUAAAA